UGUAGCAUCAUAACAGUAAAAAUGUUAAAAAAUCACUAUCUAAUCUUUUUAGAAUACACAAUAUUAGGUUUUUUUGCAUACAUAAACAUACUCCUUUUUUCCCUAGGAAUGUAGUCUGUAAAGUCCCCGUAUUCGAACUGAAGAUCAUCUUACUUUUAUUAGACCUAAUUCAGUAUGAUGCGACAAUAUCCUAAUGGUUAAGGGUACGGACAUAUCACGUGGUCGAGGGUUCGAAUCCCGUCAUUCGACUAAUUUCAUAAACCAUAUCUUAGCACAAGCUUAGAUCUUAAUUGAUAUGGUUACAAGAUAUGUUACUUAAUAAAUUACUUAUAUUAAAGUAGUAGAAAAGUUAAAUUCGUAAUCAAAAUGUGUCUGUCUAUUAAUUGGGUAUGAAGAGCCUUGGUCAAGAGCAAAAAUUGGUAAGUAAGAUUUAUAUAAAAGCAAAGUUUGCAAUGUCAGAAUCGCUUAUAGUAAUAAAAAAUUACAUUAUCGUUGUACUUGCGUCACAUUAGAUAAUAUUUAUUAAACUGCCAGCAUUGCGAUAAAGAAGUUAUUCUAUCUUAUCUACUCUAAGUAUGAGACUAGCGUGAGUAAAUCUUCCUGCAAAAUCCUAAGUCGUCUUCCUGCAAACCCGUGAUGCAUAAUGGCAAGGAUAUGACGUCACGCUUUUAAAAAUUCCCUGUUCGGCCAAAAUCUAAAAAAUAAACGUCUGCAUUUAGCAGACGUUGUGAUAUUUUUGUUCUUCGCUUUUGCAACCGAUGAGUCGAUGACGUAUAUGUAUUACACCUCGCCCACGCAGCAUUGUAUCUUUUAGAAUGCGACCGUAUUCCAGUCUAUGAAAGCCUCUGAUUCAACCUUUAGUUUUCUAGUUAACAUGUAAAAAACUAAUCCGUUGUAGAUUUUAACUACUUUGUGUGUGUCUACACAAGUUUUAUAGUUAAAUACAAAUCUUCGGUUUAUGAAACGAGUAAAACCAUGAUCACAAAUUUUAAAAUUCAUUCAGAGACAUAGUGAUAAAUCUAUUGUCUAUUUAAAAUUUUCUGACAAAGAACAAAGUACUCUGGGUACCAUAUUAAUUAUUACAGCUUUCGAGAUUUCAUACUGUAUACACCAAAACAAAUAUCUGACCCGGUGGGCGGGUACAAGUCAAACAAAAUAAUGAUAGCACACUCGCGCCCCCUAUCAAUGACAAAAAGUCAUAUAACGUCCUUGUCGUUCUGUAACUGUCUUGUUUUUUUUUAUGUAAUUUUCUAUGCCUAUGUAGGUUUUACAUGUUUUCUGACAGAACUAACCGCGACAACAGCGCCUCUCACCAGCUCAGAUAAACUUGUCGCACUACAUGAGCAAACUCGAUAUGACACAUGUAAAAUUUUCAAUGCAAAUGUCACAUAUUAAUGCGAUAUCCAUUUUCGGCGAUGUCAAUCAUUCAAAAGGCAAACUAUUUAAUGGAUAAUUAACGUCAUGACGGAAAUUCUAAAUCAUUUUAUCAUAAUUGAUGGAUCCUCAAAGAAAAGUAGCGGCUGGCCCGGUAGCUCCUUCCAGUUUGAAAUCAGCUAGAAAGAGCUUUGCCGUAACAAAUGCAUUUGUGCGACGCGAAGACAAAAAAGGUGAAAUCCUCACCGUGCACACGAGCACGCCCAACGUAGAGCACCGGUCGUUUCAUGCCGAUCAAUGUCAACUUUAUCAAGGCGACGUUAACCUUUUGUCCAUCAUAAACACAAAUAAGGAUAUAAUGUGUUGUAAAUAUACCGAGGAUGUGAAUGAUAUCGCGCUUGGUUUCUCUGACGGCACGGUGAGGCUGUUCGAUUGCAACAACGGCAACUGCUCACACACGCUGGUGGACGACGAGUGCCGCACCUACCCCGGCCCUGUCACCGGCAUCAAGCACCGCCCCGUCAGCAAGUCUCAUCCCGUUACCAACACGCUCUUGACUUCGUAUGUCAACGGUUACGUAAAAUGUUGGAAGUACAAUUAUCACCAAUGUCUAUACACGAUAAGAGAGAAGCGGCAAACGUUAGGCCUCUGCUAUCAUCCACGCCACUCCAAAUUCGUUACGUACGGAGAUGAUGCUAUAUUGAACAUGUACGAUGAUGAAACUCAGACGCAGGAAAGGGCUUUUCAUUCCAGUGGUAAAAGAGGUACGAUAGAUGGUCAUCAGUCGAGAAUAUUCGCGUGCACUUUCAAUCCGCGAUCGAACCACGAGCUUGUAUCGGGCGGUUGGGAUGACGUCGUCAUUUGCUGGGACGCUCGUCAGCCUUUCGCAACUCGAUAUUUUGUUGGAGUUCACAUGUGCGGUGAAGGAUUGGACUUUGAUAAGCCGGGCAAACAGAUUUUAACUUGUUCGUGGCAAGACAAUGACACAAUUCAAAUAUGGGACUACGGAUCGUGCAAAUUGAUCGAUACUAUUGUGCCAGAUGGUCAUCCCUCCAAACUGUACUGCGGCAAGUUCGUGCCCAACACUAAUUUGAUUGUAUGCGGUGGUUCCGACGGUAAUAUGCUUCGUGUUGUGGAUUACAAUUUAAAAUUGACGGAAUGUUCUAUCAGAUAUAAUCCUGGCGCCAUUUACGCAUUUGACUAUGGAACAGUUCGAAGGAAGAUAAAAAAAGUUCCAGACACUUACAAAAGAGUAAAUGAGCUGCAUACGGUGCCGCGCGUGGCCUUUGUAAGCGGGAAAAAACUACAAAUUGUAGAUUUUGGCUAAGUUAAUACAAUAUACAUUUUGUAUUAGAUGUCU